AGUCAACCUCAGCCCUUUUGUGUAAGCUGCUGGCGUGGCUUCCUGACAGGGCCAGGGAGGGGUCCUGGCUGGAGGUGGGUCUGUACCCUUUCCUGGUUGACUCAUCUCAGUUGCUGGGAGUGGCUGGCCUGGGGUGACCCUGAACCCAGUAUGGGCACUGGCGCCAGCCCGAAGCUUCCCUGGUCACACCUGGCUGGGCCAUGAAGGAAGGACACAGGUAUCUGGCCUGGAGGUUGGGAAGAGAUGGGUUGUUUGCCCAGUGGGCAACUGGUGUUCCUGGCGCUGCUGAGCUGUGGGCAGGCCCAAGGGUUAGCCUGGCACGGUUGGGAGUCAGCCAUGGAUACUGGCUGGCAGAUUGGCACCUAACCCUGGGAUGAGGGCAGGCAUAGGUCCUGCCCUUACUGCCUGCCCAUCUUCUUGAGAUUCCUGGGUGUUAUGCGUGUAUGUCUGUGUUGUCACCCCUCACUCCCCGUAAUGUCCUUGCCCAUGUGAGUGUUUGCACACACGUGUGUACUACUCCCUGCCUGCCUCUGGCACCUCUGCCUGGGACCUGUGUUGGGGCUGUGUGUUGACAUCUCCUGAGGUAACUCUUAGGGCGUGACUCACUCCUCUCCUGCCCCAACUUGUCCCUGCUCAUUCCCAGAGCCACUAUCCCCUAUGGCGAGGCAGGGGGCCUGGGCAUCCUAUCACGGGGCCCUGGAUCCUCCUGGUUCUGAGCCCAGGGUCUUGACCCACCUGGCUAGUGGGUCACUGCCCUGGCCUCAGUUUCUCCCUGGAUGCCUGUGGGGUUGCUCCUCCCCCACUUCAUACUCAGACCUGGGAAAUAAACAAUUAAUAUCUGCAAUGAGGUUUCCACACCACCCCCGCAGCGGGGGUUCUGCCUGAUAAACCUGUGGAGCAGCUCUUCGUCCUACCCACAGGCCCGCCCAACCGAAAGGGAGUUUACCUCUUGGCAGGGGAAACUGAGGCAGGGUGCCAGACCAUAGCUCCCUCCAGUCCUCACUGACCAUUUCUGCCCCUCUCUGUCCCCACGACUUAAUUCCUUCCCCCCUGGCCUGUGACUACUCUAGAUGUGGGCAGGUCCAGGGAGUGGCUGGAGAUGCCCUUCAUGGAGGUUUCAGAGACUGUGACACAAGAGGAGGCUCUUGGCCAGGCACAAGGAGAGAGGCAGGGCUUUGAGUGCCGGGGUUGUCAGGCCUGGAGGGGAUCCUGAGUGCUCACCCUGGCAGGUGCUGGCAUCAGGCACCAGGUAAAGGCUUUUGGCUCUGUUUUAGUCUUAUGAGCAGCCAGGCAGGCUGGUAUUGGUGCCUUCAGACCAGGGGCCCCACCUGGGGAGCACAAAGCUUGUCUCCCAGGGCCUUACAGGACCAGUGUCCUCCCUGUCUUCAGGGGCGCCCCAGGCCUCACCUCCAGGCAGGUAUCUCUGCACCUAUAGGGUCCUAGGACCCAGGCCCACACUCCUUGUGGACAGCCUCUCUGGGGACAAGGAAUGUCACCCAUCCAGUUUCCCAAGACAGGCCCUGGCUUGGUCCUGUUAGGGGCUAAGAACUGUGAGGUGGGAGGUUGGGGGUGGAAAUGGUAUUCUUGGCUUCCCCAGGGUGACCUGGCUAGCAGGGAUCAAGCCCCAGGCUGGGGAGAACUACAAGUCCCAUCAGCCCCUGUGGUGGAGACUGCAUGGAGUCUGGAGACAGAGGUCUAAAGAGCUAGGGGGCCAGAAGCCUCACUUUCCACACUUCCAUGUCAUAGCCCAAAUGGGCUCCACCUCUGCUUGGCCCUUUUGCCAGCCCAUCUGUGGGGAGGCCUGCCUGUUUUGCAGUUCCUGGCUUUCCUAAGGUGAAAGAGCUGCGCCUGCAGAGAGAUGACUUUGAGAUCUUGAAGGUGAUCGGCCGAGGGGCCUUCGGGGAGGUCGCCGUGGUGAGACAGAGAGACAGUGGGCAGAUUUUUGCCAUGAAAAUGCUGCAUAAAUGGGAGAUGCUGAAGAGGGCUGAGACGGCCUGUUUCCGGGAGGAGCGAGAUGUGCUGGUGAAGGGGGACAGCCGUUGGGUGACCACGUUGCACUAUGCUUUCCAAGAUGAGGAAUAUCUGUACCUGGUGAUGGACUACUAUGCUGGCGGGGAUCUCCUCACACUGCUGAGCCGCUUUGAGGACCGUCUCCCCCCUGAGCUGGCCCAGUUCUACCUGGCUGAGAUGGUGCUGGCCAUCGACUCACUGCACCAGCUGGGCUAUGUCCACAGGGACGUCAAGCCAGACAACAUCCUGCUGGACAUGAAUGGGCACAUCCGCCUGGCUGACUUUGGCUCCUGUCUGCGACUCAACAACAGUGGCAUGGUGGAUUCAUCGGUGGCAGUAGGGACACCAGACUACAUCUCCCCCGAGAUCCUGCAGGCCAUGGAGGAGGGUAAGGGCCACUACGGCCCACAGUGUGACUGGUGGUCGCUGGGAGUCUGCGCCUACGAGCUGCUCUUUGGGGAAACACCCUUCUACGCAGAAUCUCUGGUGGAAACCUACGGCAAGAUCAUGAACCACGAGGACCAUUUGCAGUUCCCCUCUGACGUGCCUGAUGUGCCAGCCAGUGCCCAGGACCUGAUCCGCCAGCUGCUGUGCCGCCAAGAGGAGCGGCUGGGCCGUGGCGGGCUGGAUGACUUCCGGAACCAUCCCUUCUUUGAGGGUAUAGACUGGGAGCAGCUGGCGUCCACCACUGCCCCCUACAUCCCUGAGCUUCAAGGACCUGUGGACACCUCCAACUUCGAUGUUGAUGAUGACACCCUCAACCAUCCUGAUACCCUGCCACCACCCUCCCACGGCUCCUUCUCCGGUCACCACUUGCCAUUCAUAGGCUUCACCUAUACCUCUGGCUGCCCCAGUGCUGAGAGCAGCUCUGAGCUAGCAGCUUCCUGGGAGCGAAAGUCCCACUGUUUGGAAGAGGAGAAGGUGGAGCUGAGCUGGGAGCACCAAGACCACCAGGAGCUGGCACGGCUGCAGAAGGAAGUGGAGACCCUGAGAGGAAAGCUAGCAGAGAUGCUGAGGGACAGCAAGGCCUCCUUGUCUCAGAUGGGUGAGUCCUCUGUUGACAGCCCAGGCCAAGUCAGUGACCUACAGCAGGAGAAGGACCAGCUCCAGCAGGAGCUGGCUGAGGCUCGGGCAGGGCUGCAGGCACAGGCACAAGAGCUGUGCCGAGCCCAGAGUCUGCAGGAGGAGCUGCUGUUGAGGCUUCAGGAGGCCCAGGAGAAAGAGGCAGCCACAGCCAGCCAGACCCAGACCCUGAGCUCCCAGCUGGAGGAAGUCUGGGAUGCCAGGAGGGAGCUGGAAACCCAGGUGGCUGCCCUGAGCCAAGAGGUGGCAAGGCUCCGGGGACAACACAAGCAAAGCCUUGAGAAGGAGUCCUCUCAGGCCAAGACCAUCCACAUGGCCACUGAGACCAAUGGCACUGGACCAUCUGAAGGGGGCCCUCACGAGGUCCAGCUCCUCAAGGAGGUGGCUGCCCUUCGGGAACAACUGAAACAGGCUGGCAGCUGUGGGUCCAGCGGGAAGGAGGAGGCACUGUGCCAGCUGCGUGAGGAAAACCAGAGGCUGAGCCGGGAGCAGGAGCGGGUGAGCAGGCUGGCUGAGGAGCUAGAGCAGGAGCUGCAGACCAAGAAGCGGCUGGAGGGUGAGCGGCGGGAGACCGAGAGCAACUGGGAGGCCCAGAUCGCAGACAUCCUCAGCUGGGUGAAUGAUGAGAAGGUCUCUCGAGGCUACUUGCAGGCCCUGGCCACCAAGAUGGCUGAGGAGCUGGAGUCCUUACGGAAUGUGGGCACCCAGAUGAUCACCACCCGGCCUCUGGACCACCAGUGGAAGGUGCGGCGUCUGCAGAAGAUGGAGGCCUCAGCACGGUUGGAGCUGCAGUCAGCGCUGGAUGCAGAGAUCCGAGCCAAGCAGGGGCUACAAGAACGGCUGACGCAGGUGCAGGAAGCCCAGCUGCAGGCUGAGCGGCGCCUGGAAGAGGCUGAGAAGCAGAACCAGACCCUGCAGCAGGAGCUGGCCAUGCUACGGGAGGAGCUACGGGCCCGUGGGCCAGGGGACACCAAGCCCUCCAACUCCCUCAUCCCCUUCCUGUCCUUCCGGAGCACAGAAAAGGAUUCUGCUAAGGACUCUGGCAUCUUAGGAGAAACCCCAAAGCCUGGGAUAGAGCCAGAGCUGAGGCCAGAGGGCCGCCGUAGCCUGCGCAGGGGGGCCACGUUCCCCUGGGUGCCUGCUGUUACUGCCACCCCUGCAGAAGGCCCCCCUGCUAAGCCCAGCUCACACACGCUGCGCCCCCGGAGUUUCCCAUCCCCCACCAAGUGUCUCCGCUGCACCUCGCUGAUGCUGGGCCUGGGCCGCCAAGGCCUGGGCUGUGAUGCCUGCGGUUUCUUCUGUCACUCAACCUGUGCCCCUCAGGCCCCGCCCUGCCCUGUGCCCCCUGACCUCCUCCACACGGCCCUGGGAGUACACCCUGAAACAGGCACAGGCACUGCCUAUGAGGGCUUCCUGUCGGUGCCACGGCCAUCCGGUGUCCGGCGGGGCUGGCAGCGGGUAUAUGCUGCCCUCAGUGACUCACGCCUACUGCUAUUUGAUGCCCCUGACCCUCGAGCCAGCCCAGCAAGUGCUGCCCUCCUGCAAGCCUUGGACCUGAGGGAUCCCCAGUUUUCUGCCAUCCCUGUCCUGGCCUCCGACGUUAUCCAUGCCCAAUCCAGGGAUCUACCACGCAUCUUCAGGGUGACAGCCUCCCAGCUGACGGUGCCACCGACCACGUGUACUGUGCUGCUGCUGGCAGACAGUGAGGGGGAGCGUGAGCGCUGGCUGCAGGUGCUGGGUGAGCUGCAGCGGCUAUUGCUGGAGGCGAGGCCACGGCCCCGGCCUGUGUACACACUCAAGGAGGCCUACGACAACGGGCUGCCUCUGCUGUCCCAUACUCUGUGCGCCGCUGUCAUUGACCAGGAGCGGCUUGCCCUGGGCACCGAGGAGGGGCUGUUUGUGAUCCACCUACACAACAAUGACAUCUUCCAGGUAGGGGAGUGCCGCCGAGUGCAACAGCUGACCCUGAGUCCCUCUGCGGGCCUGCUGGUUGUGCUGUGUGGCCGUGGCCCUAGUGUGCGCCUCUUUGCCUUGGCCGAGCUGGAGAGCACAGAGGCGGCAGGUGCCAAGAUUCCCGAGUCACGAGGCUGCCAGGUGCUGGCAGCUGGGCGCAUCCUGCAGGCUCGAACCCCUGUGCUCUGUGUGGCUGUCAAACGGCAGGUUCUCUGCUACCAACUGGGCCCAGGACCAGGGCCCUGGCAACGUCGCAUCCGGGAGCUGCAGGCACCCGCACCUGUGCAGAGCCUGGGGCUGCUGGGCGACCGCCUGUGUGUGGGUGCCGCAGGUGCCUUCGCUCUCUACCCACUGCUCAAUGAGGCUGCGCCCUUAUCCUUGGGGGCCGGCCUGGCACCUGAGGAGCUGCCACCAUCCCGAGGGGGCCUGGGUGAAGCCCUGGGUGUCGUGGAACUCAGCCUUAAUGAGCUCCUCCUGCUGUUCACCACUGCUGGUGUCUACGUGGAUGGCGCUGGCCGCAAGUCACGCAACCAUGAGCUGUUGUGGCCAGUGGCACCCAUUGGCUGGGGUUACACAGCCCCCUACCUGACAGUGUUCAGCGAGAACUCAAUUGACGUGUUCGACGUGAGGAGAACAGAGUGGGUGCAGACUGUGCCGCUCAAGAAGGUGCGGCCUCUGAAUCCAGAGGGCUCCCUGUUCCUCUACGGCACUGAGAAGGUCCGCCUGACCUACCUCAGGAACCGGCUGGCAGAAAAGGACGAGUUCGAUAUCCCCGACCUCACUGACAACAGCCGGCGCCAGCUGUUUCGCACCAAGAGCAAACGCAGGUGGUUCUUCCGCGUGUCGGAUGAGCAGCGGCUGCAGCAACGCAGAGAGAUGCUGAAGGACCCCUUCGUGCGCUCCAAGCUCAUCUCACCACCCACUAAUUUCAACCAUCUGGUGCAUAUGGGGCCCACGGAUGGGCGGCCGAGUGCCAGGGCUCCGGAAGAGAAGGCCAAAGGUGCCCGUGGCUCCGGCCCACAGCGGCCCCACAGCUUCUCAGAGACGUCGCGGCUCCCCACGUCCGUGGGCAGGGACAGCCUCCUUAGAGAUGCAGACUCGACAGUGAAGAGGAAACCUUGGACAUCUCUGUCCAGCGAAUCAGUGUCCUGUUCCCAGGGGCCUCUGAGCCCCGCGGCCUCCCUGACAAAGGUCUCAGAGCGGCCCCGGAGCCUCCCUGCAGCCCCUGAGUCUGAGAGCUCCCUGUAACACGCACCGGCAGGGCCCACCCCAUACCAGGAUAGAAAGACGUGAGCCAAGAGCUCGAGGAGCUCCGUACCCCGGCUGGCCGGGACACGUGAACACACGGACUCAGGGAGGGCCUGGGUGGGACGGUGCCUGGGAGGCUGCCUGGGCUCCCAGGAGCAGGGGUCCUGUUCAUCCCCCCUUUCUCUUGGCUCCCAUGCCAGCCCGUGCUGGCCACUGGGGAUAGAACAGCCCUAGUGCCAGGGUUAAUUGUGCCAAAGUGCUUCAUUCCAGUGCCAAGCCUUGGGAAGGUUGGAAGCAUUGGGAUGAGGGCCAGGAGGAGCACAGGGUCCUUGGAGCCACCAGGAGUCCUGUCUGCACACUGGCAGGCCCCUAGCAGAGGCUGAGAUGAGGCCAGCAAGGCGUCUGUUGAAGGUCAGGGUGGGAAAGACAGGUACUUAAAAAAAUUAAGGAAAGGCUGUGAUUCAGAGCAAAGGACAGAAGAGGAGAAAGAAAGUAGGUGAAGAAGGCAAGAGAGAGGCAGAGUGGAGGGGGAGGGGGAGUAAUUGGAAGGAGACAGAAACCGUCCAGAGGAGGUAAGGGAUAAAGAGAACCAAUUAAGGAGAUGAGAGGGGUAGGGAAGGGAGCUGGGCAGAGCACCCAGGCCUGGGGUCCUUUCUCUGGAGAGGGCUUAGGGGGAUUGGGAGCAGGACUGACGCUGUCGGCUUAUCUGCCAGGGGAGAAGCGAUCUAGGCAGGGAUGGGAUGGGGGGUAUUUAUAGGGGCUUCUAGAUGGGAGAUGGAUACCUGGCAGGGCCACUCAAGGGUCUCCAGGCACUCACUGGCCCUUCCCAGAAAAGGGGAUCCUUUUUCUUGAAGCUUCAACCACUAUGUAUUAGGGGAAUAUAGGGGGCAUUUUAUUAUUGAUCACAGUUAUUGUUAUUAUAUUACUAUUUUUAUUAAACCUCCCCCUACCAAACUGUGGGGGGCAAAAUAAAUAUUUAUCUCCUCAAAAGCCACAUUCCUGGGAGAGACCAGGAUGCUCUGUGAAGCAGCAAGAAACCAAUAAAGACAACUUUGUAGGC